AGUCAGACAUUAGUUAACUCUACCCAAAGACAAACUAACACCAACUAUCCAAAUAAAAUGAUGAAGUUCAUGUGCCUUUUCGUUUGCGCCAUCGCCGCUGUUUCUGCUUCCGACUAUGGUAAUGUGGGUUAUGGACGUGUGCCCGUUGGUGGAUUGGCCUAUCAGGUGCAGCCUGCUCUGACUGUUAGCUCUAUCGUGCCCGUUGGCGGUUAUGGUGGCGGCUAUGGCGGCGGCAGGGGCUACGGCAGGGGCUACGGUCGCAGCGUUGAGGUCCCCGUUGCCGCUGUGUGGACCCCGAACUCCCGUUAUGGUGUCGCACCCGUUGAUCGUCAAGCCCUCGGCCUGGCCAAGCUUAGCCUGGCUGCACCCGGUGCCGGUGGUCCUCUGGUCUUGAACGAGCCCCGUCGGAUAAUCAAGGUGUCCGGCUAUGGCCCACAGCGCGGCUACAAGCAGCCAUUGGGCUACGGAUCAAUCGAGCAGGCUCAGGGCGCUUCGGCUGCCGCUGCCUCCAGCUCCGUGGCUGGCCAGAACAAGGGAUACCAGAACGGCGGCUAUUAAGCAACAGCAACGCAACAGUGAUUAAGCACAGCUGAAAAGCUCUGGUUCUUAUAGACGCAUAAGGCAGUAGGAAGUAAUAAAAAGCAAUGAAACAUCAAAA